AUGGAAAAUUCUAUUCAUCCAUUAUUAAAUAGUAUUUUUUCUGAAACUCACCAAGAACUUCAAACAUUACAAAAUGAUUUUUCUAAUCUUCAAACCUAUUUUGUAAAUACUAAUGAUAAUAAUUCAGAAUUAGAAGAUUUUAAUGAAAUUUUAGAAGAAAACGAUGAAA